UAAAGAGAUAGCGCCCAGCUUGUUUAUCAUUUUUUUAAGCCACACAUAUCUUCCAACUAUUUGUCGCAUCCUCUUUUCUUAAAUCUUAAAUAACGAAUCAAUAAAGGUUCCUAGAUUUCAUCCAAAACAACCACUUCUCAAACUCUAGUCAACUAGAUCAGCUUAGUAACUGCCAGCAUGCAUUUGCCAGGAAUGUGGAACCUCCGGUACCUCGUCUACUUGUUACUGUUAGUCUGCUCGAUCUCGUUCGUCGGUGCUCAGGGAUCAGAUAACACAAAUUCUCCAUGGAAGACAUUAGCUGGAAAGCGCCCAUUAGUGAUUGCAAAUGGAGGAUUUUCAGGGCUAUUUCCUGGUUCCAGUUUAAAUGCCUACUUAUUUGCUUUGUUUACUAGUCUACCCGAUGCAGUUCUGUGGUGUGAUGUACAAUUAACCAAAGAUAACAUUGGCAUUUGUUUUCCAUAUCUCAAUCUUGAAAAUUCUUCUACAAUUGCUACAAAGUUUCCUAAGAGAGAAAGCACCCAUAAUGUCAAUGGAGUAUCUUUAAAAGGAUAUUUUCCUGUUGAUUUCACUCUUGAUGAUCUAGCCAAUGUCCAAUUAACACAAGGGAUCUACUCUAGAACUCCAAAUUUUGAUGGCUCUUACAGUAUUCUUACUGUUAAUAAGGUCGCGGCCACAAAACCACCUGGACUGUGGUUGAAUGUCCAGCAUGACGCGUUUUACACCAAACAUAAUUUGAGCAUGAGAGGUUAUGUGAUGGCUGCUUCAAAAAAAGUUGUAAUUAGUUAUAUCUCGUCACCUGAAGUGAAUUUUCUAAGAAGUAUUGUGAAAAGGUUCAGUCCAAGAACAACCAAACUAGUUUUUCGGUUUCUUGGAAAGAAUGAUAUCGAGCCUACGACCAACCAAACAUAUGAUUCUCUUUUGAAGAAUCUGACGUUUAUCACAACAUUUGCUCAAGGAAUUAUUGUCCCUAAAUCAUACAUAUGGCCUGUUGGGAGUGAUUUGUAUUUGCAGCCGUCGACUUCUUUGGUAGAAGAUGCUCAUAAAGCAGGUCUAGAGGUUUUUGCUUCGGGUUUUGUAAAUGAUAUUCCAUUCGCGUAUAAUUACAGUUAUGACCCGGUACAAGAGUAUCUCCAGUUUGUUGACAAUGGUGUAUUUGCUGUUGAUGGUGUGAUUUCUGAUAACCCAAUAACUUCAUCGGCGGCAAUUGGCUGUUUAUCACACUUGGGCAAUAACAAAACUCAAGAAAAACCUUGGAUUAUAUCAUAUGAAGGAACAAGUGGUGAUUACCCGGGAUGUACUAAUUUGGCAUAUCAAAAGGCUGUUUCUGAUGGUGCAGAUAUUAUCGAUUGUCCUGUUCAAAUAACGAGUGAUGGGAUACCUAUUUGUUUAGGAUCAAUAAACCUUCUUGAGAGAACAACUGUCGCCCAGUCGAGCUUUAUUAAUUUGACAACAAGCAUUCCGGACAUUCAAUCUGAUUCUGGAAUAUUCACCUUCAGUCUCACAUGGGACCAGAUUCAAAGCUUAAAACCUACAAUGUACACACCAUAUAGUACAGACUAUGGUUUAUUGAGAAAUCCAAUAUUCAAAAAUGCUGGCCGCUUUAUGAGACUGUCUGACUUUCUGGACUUUGCUAGUAAUGCUACUUCAGUUUCUGGUGUUAUGAUCAGCAUUAAGCAUGCGUCUUACUUAGCUGUUAAUAAGGGAUUAAGUGUGACAGAUGCGGUAAUGGACGUCUUGGAUAAAUCUUUAAUAAAUAACCAGAGUACCAAGAAAGUCUUAAUCGCGUCACCGGAUAGUGCGGUCCUGAAACUGUUCAAGGCAAGAAGCAACAAGCAUGAGCUUGUUUAUGAGGUUGAUGAGUUAAUACGUGAUGCCCUCAAUUCAACAGUUGAAGAAAUCAGCGAAUUUGCUAAUUCUGUUAUCAUUCAGAAGGAAUCCGUGUUUACUAAUAACCACGGGUUUCUUGUUGAUCAAACUGAUGUAGUCGCAAAGCUUCACGCUUUCAAGCUCCUUGUGUAUGUACAACCUUUUAAUAACGAGUUUGUUUCACAAGCAUGGGACUUCUUUUCAGACCCAUAUGUCGAAAUUAACUCAUAUGUUAAUGAAGCUAAAAUUGAUGGUGUUAUUACAUCUUAUCCAGCUACUGCUUCCAAAUACAGAAGGAACCAUUGUCUAGGAUUACCAGCAAAUCAGACACCAGCAUACAUGACUCCCGCAGGACCUGGCCAAUUAUUCUCGCUCAUGACACCUCAGCUGAUACCACCGGCUGAGGCUCCUAAUCCUGUUUUGGAAGAUGAUGACGUGGCUCAAGGACCCCUACCUUCUUCUGGAAUGCCAUCUCCACCAUCUAGAAAUGGGACAGCAGCAGCACCACGGGCUUCACCAAGCGGUCAACCACCUAAAACUGUCGCGGGUAUUCUAUUUUCUGUUGUGGUGGUUGUUGGAACAACUGUAUUGGUGUUUUAAGGGGACAAAUACGUCGUUGUUGUCUGGUGUAUAUAUUCCUUGUUCAUGUGUAUGGAGUCCAUGGAUAAUCUAGGACUACUUUGUCAAUGGAUGUAAGUGUAUAUAUCACUUGUCUUUAUCUGAUAUUUGUAAGUACCAUUUUAUUUGUGGUAUAUAUGUGUAUAUUUCACU